GUUUCAUGUUCCAAUCCAUUUUUAAUCCUUGUUUUUACAUUUACCUCAAUUUGUAUUCAGUUAUGUUGUGGUUGAAUUUCAAUGCUUAUUAAUGCAUAAACAUAAAUGUUGGUGUUAGAAUGGUGAUACAGCAGGAAUUGUGUCUUGUGUAGUAAAAGAUACGGUACAGCGCGAAACUACCGUUUUUCUUUCGUAUUAAUUCAUCAUGAAGUAAACAAAAAAUACAACUUUCUGUGUUAUUAGCCUAGCAGCCUUCAUAACUAAUGACGAAUAGUGUAUUUCAAAAUCGCAGCUGUUUUUCGAUGGCUUGAAUAAUGAAGAGUUUGAAGAGCGUCUCAGUUCAGGUCCUUGAUAGUGAUAUCGCAUAUUUGCUUCCUAAUGCUUCUGGUCGAGAUAGCAGGCAAAUGGAAUCCAGAUCGUCCAGGCUGAAACAAGCAUGUUUACUCGUAUUGGGUAUGUGUAUCUUUGGCAUAUUUGGAUUGGGCUAUUAUUGCCCGGACAAGGUGUGUGCCCUGAGUCCCAGUCAGACCAUGAGAAUGGAAGACAACUUUGGUAAACCAUUGAGGCGGAUUAGUAACAAAGUGGGACUCAGUUAUGAUGACAUGCUGAAUGAUGAUUUCACCUUUGAUAUGGACUCUCAUGACGUCAUGGUGUUCUUGCAUAUGCAGAAGACUGGUAUGUUAUCUUUAAUUACAAAUUGGAUAAUCAUCUAG